AUGCCUGCAACACUUCCAGCACUGGAAGAUCAUGUCGACGUGCUCAUUGUUGGAGCCGGACCAGCAGGUCUAAUGCUGGCGAACUGGCUGAGUCGUUUUGAUAUUAAGACUCGGAUUGUUGACAAACGAGGCACCAAGAUCUUCAAUGGCCAGGCUGAUGGCCUGCAGAGCCGGACCCUUGAGAUUCUUGACUCAUUCGACUUUGUGGACCGUGUAUGGCGCGAAUCAAACCAUAUGAUAGAGAUUUGUCUUUGGAACCCUGAUGAGAAUGGGAAAAUCCGACGAUCGGAUCGAAUCCCGGACACAAUUCCGGGCAUCAGUCGUUUCCAGCAGGUAGUUCUGCACCAGGGCCGUAUUGAACGAUUCUUCCUAGACUCUAUCAAGGAACACAGUGAUAUCGCCGUUGAGCGUGGGGUCUUACCCACUGCCUUCGAGUUUGAUGAUGCGAAAGCUGCCGAUUUCGCAGCUUAUCCAAUCACGGUUACGGUACGCACCUUAUCAGAAGAGGACGCCAUGCCUCAACAACAGCAGCAGCAUCACAAAAAUGACGAUGGUCAAGAGGCUCCAGUCAGUGACGGGCUAUUCAGAAGCAACUUGGCCGCCGAUGAUACAGAUGACCUCAUUCGAGCUGCCGAAACCAACGCCAGAAUCAACCAGGCAGAGUCUAUCAAAGCCAAAUUUGUUGUGGGAUGUGAUGGUGCACAUUCCUGGGUCCGUCGCCAACUCGGAUACAAGCUAGAAGGCGACUCCACAGACUAUAUCUGGGGUGUGCUAGAUAUCAUCCCGAUCACAGAUUUCCCCGACAUUAGACAGCGGUGCGCUAUACAUUCGGCUAGUGCGGGGAGUGUCAUGGUAAUUCCACGCGAGAACAAGCUCGUGCGUCUUUAUAUCCAGCUACAGGCCACGGAGCAUGGCCAGAAUGGAGGCAAAGUGGAUCGUUCGGGGAUCACCCCAGAGAUCAUUCUACGAUCUGCACAGCAGAUACUGCACCCAUAUAAGCUGGAUUACUCAUAUUGCGACUGGUGGACAGCUUACCAGAUUGGCCAACGGGUGGGCAAUUGCUUUUCACUCAAGGAACGUGUCUUCCUAGCCGGGGAUGCAGUGCACACCCAUUCGCCCAAGGCUGGUCAGGGUAUGAAUGUGAGCAUGCAGGACACGUACAAUUUGGGAUGGAAGCUGGCGCAUGUUGUCAAAGGAUAUAGUGACGCGUCGAUCCUGAAGACCUAUGAGACGGAAAGGAAACAGAUUGCACAGGAGUUGAUUGCAUUCGACCAUCGAUUCUCGCGACUGUUCUCUGGACGACCAGCUAAAGAUGUUAUGGAUGAAGAAGGGAUCUCCAUGUCCGAGUUCAAGGCGGCGUUCGAGAAGGGUAACGAAUUUGCGAGCGGAAUUGCGGUCAACUACAGCAGUAGUGUGAUCAUUGCAAAACAAUCCGAUGCCAAAGUUCAAUCCAACCAAGUUAUUGGCAAACAGCAGCUGGCAACGGGCAUCGUGGUUGGCAAACGUAUGCCGAGCGUUAAAGUGCUCAAUCAGUCAGAUGCUCGACCGUGGCAUCUCCAGGAACUGUUGAAGAGCAACGGUCGAUGGAGAAUUAUCGUGUUUCCCGGGCAGCUUGCUACCCGCACAAACAUGCAACGCAUGCAGGAGUUGGGAGCCAAGCUCGGAGCCCAGGACUCAUUCAUUCGUCGCUAUACACCAUUAGAGCAGUCAUUUGACAGUGUGAUAGAGAUUUUGACGGUCCAUGCUGGGUCGAGAAAAGACGUUGAGCUUCUGGAUCUCCCAGAGGCAUUCCAUCCAUUUGAUAACAAGAUAGGAUGGGAUUACUGGAAGGUGUAUGCCGAUGAUCAAUCUUACCAUGAGGGUCAUGGCCAAGCCUACGCUAAUUAUGGCAUUGACUCUGCCCAGGGGGCUAGCAUCAUUGUCCGACCAGAUCAGUAUGUGAGCUGGGUGGGAGAAGUAGACGACUAUGAUGAGAUGGCAAGGUUCUUUUCUGUAUUCAUGAAAUCCCAGAAAUGA